AUGAACAAAAUUUUACAGAGUAUUGAAUAAAUAGAUAUAUUUGGAGUCUCUUUAUAACUACUUACAAAUGAGAGUAAAUCAGCAUUUUAAAGCAAAGUUGGUGGAAUUAUUUCUCUGAUAACAGGUAGCUUAAGUUUAUCUUAUUUUUUAUUUAUAAUAGCAUUAUGGAUUAAUAAUUCAAUACCACCUAGCAUUAGUUUAAAAUAAUAAACAAAAGGUUAUGCUGAAUUUGAAUGGUCUGAACCUUUAAUAUAGCUCACUCUUUCUGAUUUUACAUCUGAAAUUGAUCCUUUUCGAAAAGAAAAUAACAUUAUAACACCAUUUUUAUUUAAUUUAAAGAAUUAUUAAAUUUAUGAUGAGCCUAUUCCUUUAUUUAGUAAUGAAUUUUUGUAUUCUUCAUUACUUGUGAAUAAUGGAACAUUGAUUCUAAACAAUGCUUAUUAAGAAGAUGAACAUUAUAAAUCAAUGAAAGAAUAUUUAUUAGUUCUCUCAACUUGUAAAAAUAGCUCAUUACUAAAUGGUGGUUAUUGUGCUGAUGAGGAAACAAUUAAUGAAUAUAUAUCAACUCAUCAUGGAUUUAUAAUUUUAACAAUUAGAUUGAAUUAAUUUAAUUAUGUAACUUAAAGUUUAGAAAUGUUUGCUAAAUAAUAUUAUUAACCUUUUGAUCCUAGAAGGUCUUCUUAUUCUUAAGUAAUGUUAAAAUAAUAAGAAACCAUUAUUGAUGAUGGAGUUCUUUUUAAAAAUGAAAAGAAUUAUAUUUUUCUUAAUAAUUAUGAAAUAAUCAACUAAGAGGUUGAUAAAUAAUUUAUGCCUGAUACAAUUGCUUUUAUUUCAGAAGAUAUUUACCAUUUGGAUAUAUAAAAUUCCUAUCUUUUUAGAAUUGACAAUAUAUCUGUUAUUGAAGAAAUUAGUAUGCCAAAACUUGGUUAGGUUUUAGCUUAGAUAGGUUCAAUUGUUCAACUAAUCUUGAUGUUAAAGUAUGUGGCACUAUAUUAUAAUAAUCAUUUACUUGAAAAUUAAUUAUUACAUGAUAUUGUAUCCAUGUAUUACCCAGAAUUAAAAAAUAUAAAAAUCAAUAUCUUUAAUAAAUUUGAGUUCAAAGAAGAAAUUAAUUAAUGUUAACUUCCAAUCUAAAAUUUGAAAUUAAUUUAUGGAUAAUUAUUAAAACGAGCCAAAGAAAAAUGUAGGUUGAAUAAUAUCCUAUAUGAAAUUUCUAGAAUUUAAUUUAUUCUCGAAUAAUCAUUAGGAAAUCGUAUUUUGUAAUGUAGUCAUUAAUUAGGAAAGAAAUUAUCAAAAAAUUCUAAUGAAUUUGUUAUUGAUAGAAUAACGGAAACAAAUAGAUUAGUUGUCUAACCAGCAGAAUAAUUAUACCAAGACUAAGACUAAGAGCAUUAUCUGAAUGAACCUUUAGAUAUCCUUACAAAGCAUGAUUGA